UCGAAUACCAGACACUUGAGUGCGUUGUAAUAUUAAAGUGUUGGAGGAAUAAGAGAAAAAUUUUUAUCUAAUAUUUUUUUAACAAAAUAAAAAAGCCAAAAAUAUUAAUUAUUUUAGUGGGGAGUAAUAAUUUAAAAACAUAGUUUUUUUUGUAUUAAUUUCGCUACAAGUGAAAAAAUUAGUUAUAAUAUAAUUUCAUAUUAAUUACGAACCAAAACAGAAAAUUAGCAAAAAAAAAUGUCUGCGAUGAGUCCAGAAUAUGACUAUUUAUUUAAAUUACUGUUGAUUGGCGAUUCAGGUGUUGGAAAAUCGUGUCUUCUACUACGAUUUGCUGAUGACACAUACACAGAAAGUUACAUCAGUACAAUUGGUGUAGACUUUAAAAUUAGAACAAUUGAAUUGGAUGGGAAAACUAUUAAACUUCAAAUUUGGGAUACAGCUGGACAAGAGCGUUUCAGAACCAUAACAUCAUCAUAUUAUCGGGGUGCACAUGGCAUAAUUGUUGUUUAUGAUUGCACGGAUCAAGAAUCAUUCAACAACGUUAAACAAUGGCUUGAAGAAAUUGAAAGAUAUGCUUGCGAAAACGUUAAUAAAUUACUUGUAGGAAAUAAAUGUGAUCUAACAACAAAAAAGGUCGUUGAGCACUCAACAGCUAUGGAAUAUGCAAAUCAACUUGGAAUACCAUUUCUUGAAACUUCAGCUAAAAAUGCAACAAAUGUUGAGCAAGCUUUUAUGACAAUGGCGGCUGAAAUCAAAAAUCGAGUUGGACCGCCAUCAAGUGCCACCGAUACAACAAGUAAAGUGAAAAUUGAAGGGCGCCCAGUUGAAAAUACCAAAUCCGGUUGUUGCUGAAUUAAUUAAUAAAAACGAGAUAAUACAAAAAUUAAACGUACAUUAAAAAUAUAAUUACAAUUUUAACAUCAGCAUUUAUUUAUUUUUUUUUCUUUUUUCAAUGUCAAUAUUUACAUAUAUUGAAUUGUAUCAGAAAGUUAAAAAAAAUAAUAUUAAAAGUUUAUUUAAAUGCUAAAACUUUAAAAAAGGAAUCCAACAGUUGUGCUACAUUUUCACAAUUGAAUAAAACCAAUAUAUUAUAAUUAUAAUAAAACGUUAAAUAAAGUAAGAAAAGCAAAAAAAAACCGAUUAGAAACAAAAAUUUAAUUUUUAUUUUUAUAGUUUUAGUUACAUAAUUUUUUAUGAAAAAAGUAUGUAUUUCUCAAUUGAAAAUUUAAUAAAACUAUAAAAUUAAUCACACAUCAAAAAUUUUACCUUCACUUAAGAAUAAAGUAUGUAAAAAAAUAAGAAGUUCAAAUAUGCCACACAAUGUAUAACUUAAGAAAAAAUAACAAAAUGUUAAAAGAAAUUUUAAAGUAAAAUAGCAAAAGAUUUUAUGUGCAUGCAUAUAGAAAAAGUUUCAAAAUUUUUAAAUGCAGCUUUCUUUUAUAUGUAUUAUUUGUGUAUUUGAAAUAUAUAAUUUUUCAUUUUUAAGAUACAUAUUUAAAUGUAGGUAUAUCUCGAAUAUAUUGUACAACUUACAAACAGUAGUGAAGUCAAAUUCGUUUCAAUCUAUUUUUUCUUUAAAGAAACAUAAGGACGCAUUGUUUCAAAAGCUUCAGCUGUUUAUCAAGUAUUAAAAGUGAAAGUAUAAUUUAUAAUUUAGAAUAAUUUUUUCUUUAUAUACUAUUAAUGGGAUAAAAAUAUAAAUGAAACAGAAUAAAUCGUGGUUAUAGGAAACAUUCUUAUUUUCAUACUAUUAUUUUUUUUUGUAACAAAGUAGAUUGCUUACCUGUAUUAAUUUAUAACAUAAAAAGAAUAGUAAAUAAAUUUUUAAAGAUAAA